GGAGAAGGAGUUGUGUGUAUUGUGUUGAGAUUGAGAUCUCCUCCUUCAGAAACUUCUGAAUUGAACUCUCGAGAGAAACUCGGUCCGUUCUCGUGUGUUAUUCCAUGCUACAGUAAUCAACCAAAAAUUCGAGACAUGACGCAGCAAUUGUCCGUUGUGGAGAAAACCGACGAUUUUCUCCGGAGUACGGGGCCCAACGACAAAUGGUUUCGCUACCUCGAAGCCUUACUUCAGAAGUACGCCAAAUUGUGGCGAAUACGCGAGGACGAGAAAGCGAAGUUGGACCAUUACACUCGGAAGUGCAGAGAUGUAGAGGAGGAACUCUCGAAGAAGCAAGCUCACAUCGUCCGACUGAAAGCUGCUCUCGAAACCGAGACACAGGAGCAUCAUCUGGCCAAGCUACAAUUGAAGAAACUCGGAAGUCAGCUGCGCAGCGCCAAAGACUACAUGAUGGGCCUAGACACCCAGGAUGAGAAAACCACCGAUCUGAUAAACACAAUUUGCGCGAGUCCACACCCGUUCCGUAUGGCCUCUGCCGUGACUUUGGGAAACAAAUCCGGGUCCCUGCUGGAUGAUUUUGAGGACAAUUCGAUGUCGACCGAGGGCUCUGUGUCCAACGGAGAUACUGAAGACGUGUUCAUGUCGUUCCGGAAGCCCGACGAUAGAGAAAAGGCCACCACUUCGGAAGCUGACAUGAAUAGCACUUCGUCAUCUGGGCAGUCUUCGGCUUCUGCGCAAUUCUCGGUGCCGCCGGUGCGCCGAUCCCUGAGGAAACGAAAUUCCAGCGAAGAGAGUGACGUUGUCAUAUCGAAGAAGCUAAAGGCCGGCGACAAAGCUUCGCUGAUCGUGUCCGUUAAUGAAGACAACCAAACCGUAUGUGCCGAAGCUCGUAUCCAAACAGCUUCGGCGUCGAGUCGCCGUCGCAGUAAGAGUGUAGACGCUCGUUUGGAUGGCGCUACGUCGUCCACACCCCUGGCUCCUUCGCGCGAUCCCAUGAGAACUCCCAUGAAGGAUGAAGGGUCUCCGUUGUAUCGGAGCAGUUCAGCAAGCAAGCUGAUGAACAGGCAGCAUACGUUCUUGACCAAGACCGUCAUGGUCUUCGAGAAUUGUGGACGGUGCAAACGCCGCCUGAAGUUCUACAAAGAAGCUCUUCGCUGCGACGAUUGCCAUUUGACGGUUCACGUCGAUUGCCGAGACGAAGCCCCCCUCCCGUGUAUUCCGAAAUCGAACAGGAUGACGGGGAACAAGAGCCAGAGGCUCGUGGACUUCUGUCCAGUAGUUGGACCACGCGUCCCGCCUAUCCUGAUCAACUGUUUCCAUGAAAUAGAAAAAGCUCACCGUAUAAAAGAAGUUGGCAUCUAUCGUCUGAGUGGUGCGCAGUCUCAAGUACAGGCGCUUUCGCGAAAGUUGCAGAAACACGUCAACCACGAUCUCUCCUCGUACGAGACCGCCACCAUUACCGGUGUUGUCAAGCAAUUUCUGCUCGAAUCUCUUAGUGAGCCCCUGAUCCCAUCUUCUGUGUGGACCCACUUCGAGAAAAUAACGGAGCCCGGCAAUACCGACGUCGAGCACAAAAUCCGCGGAGAGGUCGCUUCACUCCCGGUUCACAAUCGCGACACCCUGGCGUUUGUGAUGCUCCAUCUUAAAGUCGUAGAACAAGUUCCUGAGAAUAAGAUGAAUCGACAGAACCUUGCUACGGUUUUCGCACCCUCCGUCGUUGGAUACUCCCUGACUGCUCAGAUGAAGCCCGAGCUCUUGCUCGCAGCGAAUCAACUGGUCAGCGAACGAAUCAUGGCCUGUUUGUUGGACGUCGAGCCAUCGUUCUGGGAUAAUAUUAUGAAGACGGCCGACAAGAAACGAACAACUCUGCGAGACCGUUCCCACAAAAAUGGGGGGACGAUCAGCUUCGCAUCUCCUAAACUAACGUAAAUGUCCCGCGGCUUCAAACUGUUCCGGGUAUUGUAUGAUUAUAAUGAAGUUAAUUCCCACCAAGAAGUAUGACAUGCACGACGCUAAAGCGUUUCCCCAACUGCCUCUGGACGCUGAUUAAUGUAAAUCAUCGAGGCUCAUCCAUAGUAAAAUCGAGCGUUCG